AUGUCCUCGCCCACAACUUUUCUGAUCGCCGGCGGAACUGGCCGUCAAGGUGGCUCCGUCGUCAAUGCACUUUUGGCAGACAAGUCUACUUCAAUUCAAGCCAAGGAUAUUUAUGUCUUGACUCGGAAUACAGCCGGCGCCGGUGCUGCCGCUCUCGCAACCCGGGGGGUUAAGCUCGUGCAAGGUGAACUCGGCCAACCCGAUGCGAUCUUCAAGCAGCUGUCAGACCUGGGCGUGAACCCCACCAAGACAGCCGCGUUCCUGUCCCAGGCUCAUGGACCGACAGAACUGAACGAUGCGAAAGGUUUCAUCGACGCUGCCAUUACGAAUGGAUUGUCAUAUUUCGUCUACUCCUCCUGCGAUCGCGGUGGUCCAGAACUCAGCGACCGCGACGCCUCCUACUGCAAGACCUUCUCCGACAAGUUCGGCACCUCCAAUCAGCUAGCGCAGGUGGCAAGAACAUCAACUACACAAUUCUGCGACCAACUUGGAUGGCGCGAAAACAUGGGAGGAAAGCGUAUGCAGGUGACCACGAUCAAGGAUAUCGGACGAUGGGCAACUGAAGCUCUUCUGCGUCCUGACGCCUCGGGUAUCCGGAACUCAGCCCUUAGCAUUGCUAGCGACUAUUUGUCGUUCGAUGAGCUUGACGCUAUAUUCCAGAAGGAGACAGGAAAGCCGGUCAGCGUCACUUAUGGCUGGCUAGCGAGAUUGAUGAUCUGGAUGGUCGAGGAUUUGCGCACUAUGUUUGGCUGGAUCAAUGAGCGGGACUAUGACGCCAACCUCGAGGAGCUGGCGAAGACGGUUAAGCCUACCACGUUCCGUGAAUGGGUCAAGGAAGCCCACAAAGCUUGA